GUAACUUAUAUCAUGUAGUAGAAGUUAAUUAGAAGAAAGUGUGGAUAUGCGAGAAUGAUAGUCGAGAAUUAUUAGAUGACAAUUUAGUUAAAUAUGUCAAACCGCCUUUUUCACCUAUCAUUUUCAUGCUAAGACAACUUCACGUGAAUAGUUUCACGUGAAUAAUCACCAUAGAAAACGAUAGGUGAGAUUCAUUAGUUAAACAUGUCAAACGAUUUAACAGUUUUUACCUAUGGUCAGCCUCGAGUAGGUUUUGAGUUAAUUGGUGUUGGGAGAAUCAUGUCUCUUGUGAAAUUUUCAAUACUCAGCAAAAUUGUACCUACUAGGAGGAUUACAGAUGUUUGUGGUUAUGUUGGAAUUGAGGAGCUUGAUUUUAUACUGAAGGAAGUGAAGAGUCAUGUUCUAUCAUCCCCUGAUGAUGGUUCGAGCCCGGUUAAGACCAUGGCUGGUGGCAGUGUUGCAAACACAAUCAGAGGGCUAAGUAGUGGCUUUGGGAUCUCUAGUGGCAUUAUUGGUGCUUGUGGGGACGAUGAGCAAUGCAAGCUCUUUGUUGAUAACAUGAAAUCCAAUGGUGUGGACCUCUCAAGGCUGAGGAAGAAGAAGGGACACACAGCACAGUGUGUUUGCUUGGUUGAUGCCUUGGGAAACCGUACAAUGAGACCAUGUCUCUCAAAUGCUGUGAAAGUUCAGGCAGAAGAAUUGACCAAUGAAGACUUUAAGUGCUCCAAGUGGUUGGUGAUGAGAUAUGCAAUACUUAAUUUGGAGGUUAUUAAAGCUGCUAUUCUUUUAGCCAAACAAGAAGGUCUUCUUGUUUCCUUGGAUUUGGCUAGUUUUGAGAUGGUCAGGAAUUUCAAACAACCACUCCUGGAGCUAAUAGAGUCUGGGAACAUAGACCUUUGCUUUGCAAAUGAAGAUGAGGCAAUGGAACUUUUAAGGGGUGAAGAAAAUGCUGAUCCGGUGGCUGCCGUAGAAUUUUUGGCCGAAUAUUGCAAAUGGGCUGUAGUAACACUUGGUGCCAAUGGAUGCAUUGCAAAACAAGGAAAGGAGAUUGUGCGAGUACCGGCGAUAGGGGAAGCAAAGGCAGUCGAUGCCACUGGAGCAGGGGACCUUUUUGCUAGUGGAUUUUUGUAUGGCGUUAUAAAGGGUUUCUCACUUGAAGAUUGUUGCAAAGUAGGAGCAUGCAGUGGUGGAGCUGUUAUUCGUUCUCUUGGUGGUGAAGUGACAUUAGACAAUUGGCAAUGGAUGUUCAAGCAGAUGCAGUUAAAGGAUCUUCUUUUGCCUGAUACAUCCAAAUGAAUGAAUAGCCUCCAUUGAGAUACAUGUUUCCACUUUUAUUCUUCUUUUGAUUUAUUACCAUCAAAUGGCAGCUAUAGUGUUCCAUUUUUUGGACUGCUUUGUUCUAUGCAUGGAAGAUAAGCUUAUUAAAUUAUCCAACAUAAAGAUAAGGCAGCUUCCAAAUAUUGUUUCCAUUUAGUAAUUCAUACUUGUGUAUAUGAGUACUUAGUUAUUUAUUUUAAAAAUUAUCAAACAAGAUAUGAAUUGAAUUGGAUACAGUCAAUGUAAAAAAAAAAAAAAAUUACAUACACACUUAGUCCUAUAUU